AUGUCCUUCUCCGUACAAACAAGAGCGUGCUGCACCAGGCCUCCCGUCGUCCUCCGCGGAGGGUAUGAUUACAAGGAGAAAGGAGAGUACAUCGACUUCAACGGCAUGAAGACUUACGUCACUGGCAACCCAUCGGCCACUCGCGGCAUCUUCCUCUGCUACGACGUGUUUGGGCUUUUCGUGCAAGCCAUCAAAGGAUGCGACAUCUUGGCCUAUGGCAGUGACGAAACUCCCGACAAUGCUGGGGACUUCAAGGUGUUCAUGCCGGACUUUUGGGGAGACCAUCCGCAAGACCUAAACAACUUUCCACCGAAGACUCCGAAGCAGCGUCAGGCAGUGUAUGACUUCAUGACCGGGCCGGCGAACCCAAAGACAGUGCUGCCGCUGAUGCAGCCCCUGCAUGAUGCCUUCCAGAAGCAUAGUCCGAAGAUUAAUUCGUGGUCGCUGGUCGGUUUCUGCUGGGGAGUCAAGAUGUUGGCUCUAGUCACAACAAAGGGGACGAAGUUCCAGGCAGCGGCUGGAUGCCAUCCUAGCCUGAUGGACGUCGAGGACGCGAAGAAAGUCAGCGUACCGUUCUGUAUCAUGCCUAGCCAGGACGAGGAUCCUGAGCUUGUAGAUGCAUGGUUCCAUGAGAUCAAGGCCAGGAAUCCAAACAGCUACCUCGAGACAUUUGGCGAUCAAGUCCAUGGCUGGAUGACUUCCAGGGCCGACUUCAACAACCUGCACAACUACGAGGAGUACCUCAGAGGAUACCGCAUCAUGAGGACGUUCCUCGCUGCCCAUGCGUAG